AUGGAGCUCGCAUCAUUUCUGAAGCUUUUGACUAAAACCGAUGGUUUUGGAUGUGGGAUCUUCGUUUUUGGCUGUUUCUCUCAGAUUCUAAAUCUCCUAUUUCUCUUUUGCUUCCUUUUUCUGGGGCUCAAAUUUCUCCUUUUCAAAGCUCCUUCAUUGUUUUUCCAGAAUCUAGAGAAGAUAUAUCCAAUCUCUCCGAAGAUUGAGUCUUGCAACUCCUUCGAUCGAGAGCAAACGGAUUGCAUCAACAACGGGUUCGUUCAGAAGAAACCCAUCAUUCUAUACGGGAGUUCUGAUUCCGCCGAUGGACUGAGCUUGAGAAAGAAGACGAACAAGAUCUCUGAGAGCUGUGAUAAUCUUCUUCUUCUACGUGAUGGGAGCGAGAACAGAGACGCUACGACAGAGCUCGAGGAGGAAAGCCAUGAGGAAGAAGAAUCACGGUCUCUGAGCGAUGAAGACCAGGUGUUCGACGUUAUUACUCUGAGGAAUAUGGUGAAGAGAGAGAGGAAACGUGGAGAUUCUAUGAAGAUGGAGCUGGAGAAGGAGAGGAGAGCCGCGGAAUCAGCUGCUGAGGAAGCCAUGGCUAUGCUUCUCAAGCUACGGAUGGAGAAGAGCGGGGUGGAGAUGGAGGCGAGUCAAUACAAGAGAGAAUCGGAGCAGAAGCAAGUCUAUGAUCAAGAACUGAUUCAAUCGUUGCAGUGGAUGUUGACGAAGCAUGAUGACGAUGACGAAGAGCAGAAGAUUCAAGACUAA